UUGUUUUCCUGUUGUUUUUCACUGUUUCUCCAGAGAAUUCCUCAAAACUUGUCAAUAAAAAAUAUUUUUCUGCCUUUUUUCAUCACAAAAUGCCCGAUCAACUGAGCCCCUUCGUGUAUUGGGCGCAAACCGAGACACAUUUAUCGCUAAAAGUCGACUUGAAAGAUGUUAAAACGAAUCCAUUCGUGUCGUUGCGAAAAGAUCAAUUAGCAUUCGCAGGUCACGGACACGGAGCAAAGGGAGUGCACGACUACAAAUUUCAUUUGGAUUUUUUCAAUGACAUCGACGCGGAAAAAAGUUCGUACAAAGUGGUCGACUCCAAAAUUGACUUUUCGCUGAAGAAGCAGGUCGACGGAUGGUGGCCUCGGCUCAUUGCGCAGCCCCAGAAACCGAGUUGGCUGAAAAUUGACUUUGACAAGUGGAAGUCCGAGGACGAUGGGGACGACGAGGAGGAGGAACGUGAUGUGAUGCGCGAUUAUCCGGGCAUGUACGACCAAGUUUCGAAGGAAGAGCUCGGUUAUCGCAAGGAAAAAGCGAAAAAAGUUUACUUAAUUUUGUACAAUUUGCUCAUGUGGAUCGGCUACAUGUACAUUGUGAUUGUCAUGGGAAUCCGUUAUUACGCGUAUGGCGAAGCUUCGAUGCCCGAAACGUACGAAGCGCUCGGACCUGCCUUCAAAUUCUGCCAACUUUUGCAAUAUCUCGAGGUGAUGCAUCCGAUGUUUGGUUACGUCAAGGGCGGCGUUUUGAUGCCGUUCAUCCAAGUUUCGGGCAGAGCCUUUGUUUUGUUCUGCAUGAUCGAAAUGGAGCAACGAAUGUGGACAAAACCCGUCGUUUUUUACAUUUUUGUCAUUUGGGCAUCCGUUGAAACGGUUCGUUACCCAUAUUAUUUGUCGCAACUUUUUGAACUGGAAAUCGGGAUUCUGACGUGGCUCCGGUACACGAUGUGGAUUCCGCUUUAUCCGCUCGGGAUUUUGUGCGAAGGUGUCAUAAUUUUGCGAAACAUUCCGUAUUUUGAGGAAACGAAGCGACUUACGGUCGAAAUGCCGAAUGCUUGGAAUGUGACGUUCGAUAUGCCGACUUUUAUGAAGAUUUAUUUGCUGGUACUUGCCGUUCCGGGCACUUAUAUGAUGAUGAGUCACAUGGCGAAAACGCGCGCUAAGAAGUUGGGCAGCGAGAGAUGGAAAAAAUAUGAUUAAAUUAGGGUUUUGUGGGGAUUUUGAUUUAUUCCAGUGAUUUUUGUUUGAUUUUUUUGUUUAUUUAAAAAUAUGACUUGUACUGAAAAUUACCAAAAAAUAAAAUGCAAUUAAUUACCUGAUGACUUA